GGUCGUGUGUUCUGGCGGGAGAAUGAGCGAAGUUUUCCGAACGAAGAACUGAAUGGUCAUUCGUUUCAUUGGAAUACCGAAGCAGGACAAAAGUAAGACCAUGGAGCUGACUCUGACUACGUAGAAGAAAUUAGGUGAUGCGCGACGGGGAAGUCGGUACUUCGAAAAUCUUUGAGGGCCAGGGAGGCUGGAUGUUUUACAAUCGAUUCGUGCUCGGCAGCGUUUGAAUUCUAGAGCUUGAAAGGGGCAAUUUGACGAGGCUAGGCGAUGAUCAUUGGAUAGUGGGGGGUUCGGAGAGAGGAGCAUGAUGUUACAGGAGAAGUGAACCGUGUCACUUCGGCUAAAUUGUGUUAGAGAGAGACAUUUUUUGGAUUGAGAUAGGGACAUUUAAGUUUGAAGGUAGAGAGAAAGAAGAUGGGGAUCGGAACAGAGGAUCCCAUGGACGUGGACAUGGCAAAUUCGAAGAUGGAGUGGGAUACAGCGGAGGGACUGAAGCUUUCUGCAGCCUUGCAAUGGAAGGGCAAAGCUGGAGGAGCCCUGCCUGUGAAGAAAAUGGGCCCUUGGGUAGAGAAGUAUCGACCCACCAAUCUUUCCGACGUGGCCGCACACAAAGACAUCGUAGAUACGAUUGAUCGGCUUACCGGAGAAAACCGGCUGCCACACCUUCUACUCUACGGGCCACCUGGUACGGGUAAAACUUCAACAAUUCUGGCUGUGGCACGCAAACUUUAUGGAGCUCAGUUCCAAAAUAUGAUUUUGGAACUUAAUGCGUCAGAUGACCGUGGAAUCGACGUUGUGCGGAACCAAAUUCAGGACUUCGCUAGUAUGCAAAGUAUUUCCUUUGGUGCCAAACUCAAUGUCAAGCUGAUCAUACUUGAUGAAGCCGACGCUAUGACGAAGGACGCACAAUUCUCGCUUCGUAGAAUUAUUGAGAAGUACACCAAAAGCACUAGAUUUUGUCUGAUAUGCAACUAUGUGAGCAAGAUCAUACCCGCCCUUCAAUCUCGGUGUACAAGAUUCCGUUUUGCACCUCUUGAACCUAUACAUGUCACUGAACGUCUACGAUUUAUCAUCAAAGAAGAAGGGUUGACCGUAACAGAAGGCGGUGUUAAGGCUGUUGUGAGGCUAGCUGCGGGUGACAUGAGGAAAGCUUUGAAUAUUCUCCAGUCUACCCAGAUGGCAUCACCUCAUGUUACAGAGGAAGCAGUAUAUCAGUGUACAGGGAACCCGAUGCCAAAGGAUGUUCAAGCAAUUUGUCACUGGCUACUAAAUGAAUCUUUCACCACAGCUUAUGAGAAUAUUCAAGAAAUGAAAUCAAAUAAGGGCCUGGCCCUGGUUGAUAUUGUUAAAGAACUUCUCGCAUUUGUAUUUGAAAUCUCAAUGCCACCAGAAACUAGAGCACAGGUUGUUGAAGCUCUUGCUGAUAUUGAAUAUAGGCUCGCCUUCGGGACAAGUGAGAAGUUACAACUUGGAGCUUUAAUUAGCGCCUUCACUCACGCCCGUGUGGCUUUGGUGGCAGUUGCCCAACAAUUCCUGGAUACAGUCCUGGAGAUGAAGUCCUGUGCCUCUAGCAAACCUUACUAUUGACGUUUUGCUUACUACAAAGUCAUCUCCAUGUAUCAAGUGGUAUAUUCCUGAUCGCCCCUUCCUCUAUGUAAGUUUGAAAAGUAAUAAUGUCACAUCCCACGGAGAAGGCCAAGGGUUACACUCUCUGAUGCAGCUUCCAGUGUGCUUGAUCUCUAUUCAAUCACCACAAUCACCAACAAUUCACAGGACGUCCGACAACAAAAUCUGUAAACAGGUCAGCAAACCACCAACGGGAGAAAACUGGCUUCAAACAGCGUGACCAAUAACCAGGAAAUUUCAUGUCAGAUACUUAUGUGAAAUCUGCGACUUGUCUAGCAGUCACCUUGUACCGAUACAUUGCAACUGUCCGCGGUGACUACUCAAGACAUCGAAGUCAUUCAUCCUACACCAUUUUAUACGUGCUUCCCAAGUGUCUAUGAUAUUUAUUUCUAAGCAAAUGCUCUCAGGCUUUGAAGAGUGUUCAUAGACUCAGUAACAACUGUGCUUACCUAAACAUCUGCCCAUCUGAUGUGUACUAGCUGAAAAUGGCCUCGUAAGUUGUUCCAAGUGGAAAGGCAGAUGCGCUAACGUAGAUGUCGAACUAUCACGGGCGAAUGUAGAAAAUUGUUUUAGGUUGAAGUGACAGAUUGAUGUGUCGACGCUCAUUUGAAGGCGGCUCCGACGACUAAACGUUCGCUCUGGAAGGCAAUCUCGGUGACACGGUUCGUUGCACCGUACGUCUAUGAACCUCUAUCGUACAAGGCACAUAAUAUCAUAACUUUGCGGUACCGAGUAAUUCAAGCACUUCAAGGUGGAGAAGAUAAAUCUGUAAGCUGCAUUUUCGGCAGGUGCUCUCUCCAUGGCCAUCGACGCAAACGGACAUCUCAACAGUCUGACGGUCAUCAUCGUGAUUCUGAAGGAAUAUGAAAGCAGUUACUCAAACACGUGAGUCUGUAUUUUUCGUGAAGUUUAGUUGAUUUUACAAUUGUGUUCGUUUGGCGAGGAAUGAUCGUCAAAAGGCGAGAAGAUUGUCUUCGAUUUCCAAGAACAUUCAAUCGGUGAAGCGUUCGUCCAACAUCAGACAAAGAGUAGGGUUUUGAAAGUCACCAGAAGAGAAGCUGCUUAUUGUUUGUAAGCUGCAUUCCAAUCAGUGUGUGUUCCAGUAUUCCGCCCUUUGAAAUUGUGGGACGAUUUUCUUCUGAAAUCAGCAUGGAAGUGACAAUCUGGCAAAGCAACGGGGCUUGAGUUGAAUCUCCUGCUCAGAGGUCCAGAGAGGACAUAACAUCUAGGGGAGUAGGUAGUUGUCAGCAGAGUGAGCAGCCGCAGUGAAUAAGGAGGAUUUCGGGGCCUUUCUUAGAUAAGAAUCUUGAUGAUUUCCUACUGUUUGAAACUGAAACGCACUUUACACCAUGGAUGCUCUCGUUGCUGCAUACGAGUCUGAAGAGGACGACAAACCCCGCACUGAGGUCGAAAAAAAUGGGCACCAGGGACCUUUGCUGGCGGAAAUGAGGGCAAAUUCUGAUCAGAGAGAAGCGAAGCGAAUGAAGAUGAUGCUUCCCUUUGACACAAGAUCUUCUUUUCCGGCAUCAUCUGGCCGUGCCGACAUUACUGCCGCAGGAUUUAUGCCAGUUGCUCCUCUUCCUCCCAUCAGCAGUGGCAUCGUACAGAGAAAUCAGCAGGUCAGGCCCGCAGCUCUUCCUUUCCCGUCUGGCCGAUACGUUUCGAAGAGGGAGCGAGCUGCUGCUGCCGCUUUAGCUGACUCUACUGCGUGUCCCAUUCCGUCUGCAACAGCCCGUCCACCACCUGGUAAAUUUCCUCUCCCUUUUGAAUUCUUCUCACCCUCCUCACAAU